UUCUAGACGAAAAUAAUCAAGAAUGAUAGAUGUGUCUUGAACGUAAAAACAUAAAAGAAAAAGACGUGUGUAAGAUCAAAAGUUCUAAUGAAAUUGGUACAGUAAUCAAUUAUCUGUCGUCAAAUUGUGAUUGUAAUUUCGUUGCAACCACGGACUUAGUAAUAGAGGGACGGUGCACAAACUAGACGAGUGGGCCCACGGACUUAAGAAUGGAACAUGACAAAUGAAAACAUGUAACGUGGUGCACCGAGAUGGGUGCCGGUUCAUAAAAUAUAUUUGAUAUUAUUAUUAAGUAAUGUCACGUUUCAAACGAUACCAUUUUACCUUACACAUGCAUUUAUAACACGAUUAAUAUAAUAUAUAACAGUAUUUAGGAAAAUAUUUUUGAAAUGUCUGUUAUUAGUAUAGGGUUACUUAUUGGACUUUUAUCGUCAGUGAACGGAGUACGUGAGUACGAGAAAAAAGAUUUAAUCGCUCUAAGGGAAGAAGUGCGAUCCAUGUUUGAUCAUGCUUACUCGAGUUACUUAGCAUAUGCAUACCCUUACGACGAGCUUCGCUCAUUGAGUUGCGAUGGAUUCGAUACAUGGGGCAGCUUUUCGUUGACGCUUAUCGAUGCUUUGGACACUCUUGCCGUGAUGGGUAAUUUUUCCGAAUUUCGACGCGUGGCAGAAAUAAUAAGUGGUAGAGCAAAUUUUGAAGCCAAUAUAAACGUGUCUGUAUUUGAAACUAACAUACGAGUAGUUGGAGGAUUGCUCAGUGCUCACCUUCUGUCACGUAAAGCUGGCAUCAAUCUGGAACCUGGUUGGCCGUGCAAUGGUCCCUUAUUGCGUCUUGCGGAGGACAUGGCUAAAAGAUUGAUUGCUGCUUUUGAUACUCCAACAGGAAUGCCUUAUGGUACAGUCAAUUUAAAAUAUGGAGUACCCGAAGGUGAAACAAGUAUUACAUGUACUGCUGGCAUAGGUACAUUUCUCUUGGAAUUUGGGACCCUGUCAAGAUUAACUGGGGACCCAUUGUACGAAGAGGUAGCCUUGAACGCUAUUAAAGCAUUGCAUUACUACAAAUCAAAUAUCGGACUUGUUGGUAAUCACAUAGAUGUAUUAACUGGACAUUGGACGGCCCAAGAUUCAGGAAUCGGUGCAGGUGUAGAUUCUUAUUUUGAAUAUUUAGCGAAGGGCACGUUGUUGUUCCAAGAUCCAUUGUUGGCAUCUAUUUUUCAAGAACAUAAGGCAGCGAUUGAAAAAUAUAUCCGUCGGGCAGAUUGGCAUUUAUGGGUUUCCAUGACAAAAGGUCAAGUCACUUUACCUGUGUUUCAGUCUUUGGAUGCUUAUUGGCCUGGAGUGUUGAGUCUUUUCGGAGAAAUUGGAGAUGCUAUGAAAUCGUUGCAUAAUUACCAUCGUGUUUGGAAGCAAUUUGGAUUUACUCCAGAAUUUUAUAAUAUUCCUCAAGCCGAAGCAGGCACUAACAGAGAAGGAUAUCCAUUAAGACCAGAAUUGAUAGAAUCGGUUAUGUACUUGUAUAGAGCAACGAGCGAUCCUUAUUUGAUUCAAGUUGGAGUAGACAUAUUAAGAAGUUUGCAACAUAGUGCUAAAACAACAUGCGGCUAUGCAACUAUAAAUGAUGUUAGAGACCAUCGAAAGGCAGAUAGGAUGGAAUCUUUUUUUUUAGCAGAGACAACAAAAUAUCUCUAUCUUCUCUUUGAUCCUGAUAAUUUUAUUCAUAAUUCAGGCCAGAAAGGAGAAGUUAUCCAAACACAAUGGGGUCAAUGUAUUGUAGAUGCAGGGGGAUACAUUUUCAAUACGGAAGCACACCCUAUAGAUCCUGGAGCACUAUAUUGUUGUCAUCCAAGUCAGAAUUUGUUUUCUGAUCAGAAAGCAACGUUAUGGAAAUUCAUUCCAGUUAAUGACCAAAAAGAGGAGGAACAUAUAGAACAGAAUAUGCCAUACCAAGAAGAUAACAAAGAAAAGGAUGAUGGUAAACAACCGAUCGAAAUAAUAAAACUGUCUGAAAUAAGACAUACUUUCAUAAACGAUAUAGAGAACAGUGUAAAUAAAAAUGCGGUUAAUCCUAUGCCACCUAUAAAUUAUAAGACUGAUGAAAUUAUAACAUCCGAGAAAGAAGAUAAUUUGAAUGCAGACAAUCGAAAUCCCGAGUCACUGAAAGUACAAGUCAUUGCACCUCCCUCAGUAAUUUAUAAAGUUGAUGAUAGCGAAAGUAUUGAUACUUUUGAAACACCGUCUACAUCCCAUGGAGAUUAUUGUACACCCAUUGUGGGAAAUGAUACAGAAUCAUUUAUUAAACAAACUAAUACAAAAAUAACAAGAUUUGAACCACAAAUAUUACUUGAAAAUAUUAGGAAAAGAAAUUUAUACCCGACAAAUAUUACCGCGAGAAUGAAUUAUCACAUGUUAUCUUGUCAAUCUCAAUCAUUCUUGCAACGUAUAUCAAUUGUUGGAGAAUUUUUUUAAUGAUAUUUAAAAUAAUGUUACGUAUUAAAACGCAUAGUUUUUAUUUCAAUAA